AUGGGCAAGGACACUAUUACCCUCGCUUCUGGCCGUGAAAUGCCCCUCGUAGGCUUCGGCCUGUGGAAAGUUCCCCGUGAGUCCUGCGCCGACACCGUCUACAACGCCAUCAAGACCGGCUACCGCCUUUUUGACGGCGCCUAUGACUAUCAGAAUGAGAAGGAGGCUGGCGAGGGCGUCCGCCGUGCCAUUGCCGAUGGUCUGGUGAAGCGCGAGGACAUUUUCAUCACCACGAAGCUGUGGAACAACUACCACCGCAAGGAGCAUGCCGUCACCAUGGCCAAGAAGCAGAACGAGGCCUGGGGCCUGGGCUAUAUCGAUCUGUUUCUCAUCCACUUCCCAGUCGCUCUCAAGUGGAUUGACCCUGCCGUCAAUGAGUACCCUUGCUGGUGGAUGGACAAGGAGGCAACUAUCGUUGAGCCCGAUAACGUCCCGAUCCGCGAGACCUGGGAGUGCAUGGAGAAGCUCGUCGAUGAGGGCAUCGCAAAGUCGAUUGGCGUAUCCAACUUCCAGGCCCAGUCCCUCUACGACGUCCAGUCCUACGCUCGCCACCCAAUCUCAUCGCUUCAGAUCGAGCACCACCCCUACCUCGUGCAACCCGAUCUCAUCGCCAUGGCCCAGGAAAACAAGAUCGCCGUCACCGCCUACUCCUCCUUCGGCCCUCAGUCCUUCAUUGAGAUUUCCAAUAAGCGCGCCGUUGACGCCAAGGGCCUCUUUGAGGUUGAUGUCGUCAAGAAGAUCGCCGACAAGCACAGUGUCACCCCCGCCCAGGUCCUACUCCGCUGGGCCACGCAGCGCGGCGUCGCUGUUAUCCCCAAGAGCAACAGCCAGCACCGCCUGAAGCAGAAUCUCGAGGUCAACGGCUUCGACCUGACUGCUAGUGAGCUCGAGUCCAUCUCUGAUCUUGACCUCGGUCUGCGCUUCAAUGACCCUGGAUUCUACCUACCACAGCGCCCUCUGCGCAUCUUCGCCUAA